CGUUGCAAACUUUAAAGGGGACAGACUGGAAAAGCGAAGGAAGAAAGAUAUCAAAUAUUCUACAAAGAAGGUAGACACAAUAUGGGCCGCCGCCGAAAGGAAUCAUCAAGAAAAGAGGAGGAAAACUACAGUGAGUUUCGAGAAAAAGAUGUAAAGCCCAUUCAAAGGAACGCUGCUAAUGCAAGAGAACGCGCAAGAAUGAGAGUACUUAGUCGAGCGUUUUCCAAGUUAAAAACCACCCUACCUUGGGUGCCACCAGAUACAAAACUGUCUAAACUAGACACUCUCAGACUUGCUGCUAGUUAUAUUGCCCACUUGAGCAAAAUUUUAGAGGAGGAUGACAUACCGGAGAGUCCAGUAAAGGACGGAGCAAUACACCCAAUAAAUCUGACAUGGCCUUUCAGCUUUAACAGUCGGUUGGCAAGCAGCAUGGACGCCAGGUCGGUCCACGCUGUGAGGUUCUCCACGCGGGGGUGCCAGGCUGGUGACCUGGAGGGUACAUGUGCGGAGUACGUGGGGAAGAAAACGUGUCGUGUUUGACAUUGAUGAGCCGCCGUUAGUACAUGAAAUUAUGCACUGCUACUCCUGCAGACUGUCUGGUGUUCAUCAUUUUCAUAACACGAUCCAUGUUACAAAGCCAGCUUCACGAUUGUUGAAUAGAAACUCACUGGGCUGGAAAAUGAAGGUAAACUAUUUCCUUGUUGUUCGGACACAAGCGAAUCCCUUCAUAUCAGAACGCUAUGCCGCAGUCUAAUUUGCCAGUAUAAGUAAAGCUGUGGUAAGAUGGAUACCAGAACCCAAAUGACCUGAAUAGAAAUCAACCCCUCUGCUAUGUGGAUGGGCUAGAACGCUUGCAACACGUGGGCUGAAGAGUUUUGCUGUCAUUAGUACAGGGGUAAACCGAGAUCUGCCUUGAAUUCACGCGUCAAACCCGAACGGGUGAUUACAAGACAUAUCUACUUGUUUAGGAACACACUUAGUCGAUUUUAUAGGAACUGCACCGUUUCAGGGUUUUAAUAGAGACUGCCAACAGUAGGAAUUAUUUAAUGUUAGCUGGGAUAUAACUUAUUUAUGAGAGAAAUGAAGUUAUUUAUGUUUUAACGGAGUCCAUUGAAAUCAAUUAUAUCUUUUAGUCCGUAAGUUUUCUUAAGAUAUAUAAUAAGCAAUCAUACCAAAUUUCACGCUUUAUCAAACCAGUUGAAAUUUAAGGAAACGCAGCCGUUUGAAGUAUCGGUGAAUUACUGCUGUAAGAAUAUAGCUAGCUGAAUUGAUAUUUUAUGACAUUUUUUGCGUCAAUUGAAUGAAAACUUCUGCCAAUCUUGUUUUGUCUCUGGUAGUGCCUGGAUUCUGGUCUGGAUGUUGAAUAGCUCUUCAAUUUGUGGAUUGUGUCAGCGGUGACGGCUGAUUUUGUUGAA